GCUUAGGGCCACACGGUCUGCUGAGCCAGCACUUUCUCAGGUGGGUUAUUUUGUCGCUUAUAUGUUAGGAAAACAAAGGCGGCAGGAUUACUAUGUUGAGUGGAUGCAUGGAUGCCCAUACAUACUGCACACACACGUGAUCCCAGAGUCUGGUGGACAGCCUGUGUUCAUUAGGGCAAAUGGGCCUGGACAUGGCAGCAUGUAUGCAACAUUACACAGCUUCUCACUGCACCAGUGCAACCAUGGAACUAAAUGCCUUCAAAGAUGCUGAAGACUCCAUCAGAUGCUCUGUCCAUACAGAAGAAGCAGCUCUCUCUUGAGACUCAACGUAUCUCGAACAUAAUGGAAAACUGCAUCAGUAAAGUUGAGCUUGCGGCCACUUUUCCUGCUGUCCUCCAGUUUAACCGCCUGGAGUCUGGUGUUGUGGACACAGAGUUGAGUAGGGUGCUUCAUGAGCAUCAAGUAUUACGUAAAAUGUUGGAGGAACUGCAAGAUCUUGAGCAGGAGUUAGAUGGGGAGCAAGAGGUAGAAGCCGGAGCUGCAAGGACGAGAGACAGGGCUCAGCUUGAGGGGGACAUCCAGAACGCUGCCAGAGACAUGUUCAGGUUUUUCCGUGCCCAUCCUGAUGCAGUUCUUUGCUUGGGGGCAGAGCUAGGUAUGAAGUCAAGGGAGACUGAGUGCACAUUAAUUAGAGGGUUUAAGAUAUUUCACAGCUGUAUGGUAGCAAGGUUGCUGACUAGUGUGGACGAGGAGCUGCUGGUGGCACUCAAGAAUAAGCCGUCUUCAUUCCAUGCCCAAGACCUGAAUGUUAUUUUACAAGAAGAAAAAGAAGUAACUAGACUCCUCAGCCAAAUACAUGUAGAGAUUUCUCAGAAAAACAACGACAUCGCAAAUUUGCAGGACACCCUGCAAAGGAGAAACACACGAGACGAACAUAAGUCACUUCUCAUGGACCAACAGCAGAAAUCAGAUAUCCUUAAAUCUAAUAUGAAGCAGGCCAGUUUACAAGAAGAAAUUGUUAAACUGAACAGUCAGAUCAAAAGUCUGAUGCUUGAAAAUAGAAAGGCAGAAAAAGCACUCCAAGAGGAAAAUGGAAAGGUCAAGUGGAAAAUCAAAUACUUAAUCCAAGGCUUUGACGAAGAAAUUGAAAAAACACAGGGCACCCUAGAGGUGAAUGAAAUGGGUUACGGUCAGGAGAAGGAGGAGGUGAAGAAGCUGGAGAAACCCUACUCUGUCCUGGAGAUGGAGUGCAACCAGAUUCAGGAGAAGCGGCGUCUUGCAGAGGAAAAGAGGAAGGCGGAGAUCAGGGAGCUGGAGUUGAAGACCAAAGCUGCUAUUUUUGCCCAAGCCUGGUGGAGAGGCUACAGUACUCGCAAGGCUUUAAAGAACAAGGGCAAAAACAAGAAGGCUAAGAAAGGCAAAGGCAAAGGCAAGAAGACCAAGUAAACCACUGUUUCUUCACUGUAGUUCUACAUUGACAUGGACCUUACCAGUAGAGCAUUAACGUCGUUUGUCAAUUUAUGUUUAAUGAAACACAAAGCCUAUUGAGCAAAUAGCUUUACAUACCACAUUCAGUGUGGUUGAUAUCCACGCCCUCUUUUUCAAUAAAGGCUUUCUUUACUAUUUCUAUGAA